AUGGCUGCUGGCGUUUCAUUCGGCGACUGCUAUCUUCUUUCUCGUUCUUCUUCCCCAAUUCCCACAAAUCGUCAUCAACCCAUUUCUUUCCUAUUUAAACCCAAAAGAUUCCCAACAACAAAAUUAGAUGCAACUUCACUCUCCUCAUCCUCCUCCCAGCAAGGAUUUGGGUUCUCAAUUGAGAGGACGACAGGCAAAGAUCGUAAUGCACAGAUGUCGGCUGUUAGACAGUUAACUGGCUCACUUAUGGCUGCUGAGGGGCUCCGCUUUGCUAUUGUGGUGGCACGUUUCAAUGAAAUUAUCACGAAGCCGCUAUUAGAGGGAGCUUUGGACACUUUCAAGAAAUACUCAGUUAAAGAAGAAGAUAUUGAUGUUGUGUGGGUUCCUGGUAGUUUUGAAAUUGGCGUGGUUGCUGAGAAGCUUGGAAAGUCACGAAAAUAUCAAGCGGUUUUGUGCAUUGGAGCUGUGAUUCGUGGUGAUACUUCCCACUACGAUGCUGUGGCAAAUUCAGCUGCAUCUGGAGUGCUCUCUGCAGGUCUAAAUUCAGGAGUUCCUUGCAUAUUUGGUGUUUUGACAUGUGAUGACAUGGAGCAGGCUAUAAAUCGAGCUGGUGGAAAGGCGGGAAAUAAAGGUGCUGAAGCAGCUUUAACAGCUAUUGAGAUGGCAUCCUUGUUUGAGCAUCAUCUGAAGUUUUAA